GUGAUUGGUCGGCGCUGCUGUCCAAUCGGAGGCGGGCUGUCGGAUUCAAAUCUGGAUCGUUGGGACUGCGGUCGUUAGUCUCUGCCGAGUCGUUGCUUUGAGGAGACGUGUGCGAGUUGUCUGCUGUGCCCGCUCUUCGUGCUCUCUCGUUUCCAUCAGCGCGCCAGCAGGAUGGCCCACAAGCAGAUCUACUACUCGGACAAGUACUUCGACGAGCACUACGAGUACCGGCAUGUUAUGUUACCCAGAGAACUUUCCAAACAAGUACCUAAAACUCACCUGAUGUCUGAAGAGGAGUGGAGGAGACUUGGUGUCCAACAGAGUCUAGGCUGGGUUCAUUACAUGAUUCAUGAGCCAGAACCACAUAUUCUUCUGUUUAGACGACCUCUUCCAAAAGAUCAACAAAAAUGAAGUUUACCUGGGGAAUAUCAAAUCUUUUUCAAAUUUAAUGUAUAUGUGUAUAUAAGGUAGUAUUCAGUGAAUACUUGAGAAAUGUACAAAUCUUUCAUCCAUACCUGUGCAUGAGCUGUAUUCUUCACAGCAACAGAGCUCAGUUAAAUGCAACUGCAAGUAGGUUACUGUUAAGAUGUUUAAGAUAAAAGUUCUUCCAGUCAGUUUUUCUCUUAAUAUUAAUUGCCUGUUUGACUUUACCUGUUACUUUUGUUCAAUAAAGUUUGUAUGUUGCAUUUAUCAC